AUGAGAAGAGGCUAUCGUGGUAAGAAAGGCAAAUGGGCUUUGGGAACAGUCGGCAUUGGCUUGCUUCUCAUUUAUUGGCAUCAUGCUUUCAUCAUUUAUUGUCUAUUGACUUAUCCUCCUCAUAUUAUUCGACUAAUAAGUCAAGAACCUUCUCGCAGAUUGAAUAGAGAUAAUCUAAUGGCUGAUCAAUUUUGGCAGUUGUAUCGUACUGAAAGCCAACAUUAUCAAGAUCAAUGUCAAGCCCAAGGUACUACAUGCCCUGAAAAAUUUACGUGGUUAACAGCAAUGGUCAAUGAUCAGUAUGUUAUACCGGCUAUAGUACUUGGCCAUGGUCUACGAAAAUUUUCUUGCUGUCAUAGGAUGUUGGCAUUGGUGACUGCAAAUGUUAGCCAUCACAGUCGAAAAGCUCUACAAGCAGUUGGCUUUUCAAUAUUGCAAGUACAACAUCUUGAUUGUCAGUAUUUACAUCAUCGUAAUAAAAGAAAAUUACCAAAGUAUUCGGGAAUUCUUGGUACUCAUACACGAUUUCAUGCUUGGAAAUUAAUCAAUUAUUCUAGAAUUGUCUACUUAGAUCCAGAUUUUUUACUACUUGGUAAUUUCGAUUCCUUUUUAACGCUUUCUACCAAUAAAGAACUCAUGGCGGCUUAUUGUGCUCGGCCUGGAAUAAUCGAUCCAUGUUUUAAUGCCGGUUUGUUAGUCAUUCAACCUUCCAUCAAGAUAUUCAAUGAUUUAAUUGCUUUAUGGAAUAGCUUUUAUAGUUGGAAAUGCCUCGAUGAUCAGGUUUUAAUGUAUCAAUAUUUUGCUAAAAGAUAUCAAUGGGAUCCUUUGCCUUAUUCAUAUAAUGUCCGUCGGAUGGUUUAUUUUCCAAUCAAGGCGUAUCAUUUCGCCUGUUGUAAAUAUAAAAAGCCGUGGAAAUUACCACAGCCAUCCAGACCGAUAAUAUUAGGUCGAAAAAAUUUGCUAUCAAGUAUUGAUGGUAUCAUGCAACUGUGGUGGUACGAAUUUUAUCAAGCAUUAGAUCAAUAUAAAUUAAAUCGGUGGUGGUCCAAUUAUCUCAGCUCCAAGACGCUUUCAUCGCCUUAG